AUGGCGGACAACGACAAGGUGCCCGCCCCUUACUUUCAGGAUGACGAGGAGGGCGCUGCGUCCGACGAAGGCGAAGGCGUGGACCUCAUGAGAUCCGACGGCAACCUCGUCGGCUCCGGCGGCGAAGACAGCAGCGACGAAGACGAAGAAGACGACCCAGAAGAGGCUCGUCGCGUCGCAGACGGUUUCAUCGCCGAGGACGACGAGGAGGACGACGAAGACGACGAGGCCCGACGCGAACGCAGAAGGCGCAGGAAGAAGAAGAGAAAGCAGAACGAGGAGGACUUUGAGGUCGACGAGGACGAUCUCGAACUCCUCGCUGAAAACACAGGCCAAGCAGGUCGCAAGUCCGCAGGCCGUCUCAAGCGCUUCCGUCGCGGCUCCGCCUCCCCGCCCGCCGACGACGAAGCCGCUGCCAGGCAAAAGACGCUCGACCAGAUCUUCGAGGACGACGACGACGACGACGACGAAGACGACGACAUCCGCUCAGGCCGCAGAGGCGCAAACUACGACGAUGACGACGACGAUCUCCCCUCCGUCGGCAACGCUCUCCGCGCAGGCGUCGCCCGCAAGCACCGCGACACCGGCGCAGGCUACGAGGACGACGGCCUCGACGACUUUAUCGAAGAGGACGAAGACGACGACGAGAUGCAGGGCCUCGACGAGGACGAGCGAGAGGCGAGGCGCCAGCAACGCCGCGAGGAGAAGCGCAAGGCGCGCAUGUCCGGCUCCGCCGCCGACCCUGCCAAGGCUGGCAUCGACCGCGAGGCCUGGGACGAGAUCCACGAGAUCUUUGGCAACGGCGAGGACUACUACUGGGCGCUCGAAGACGACGACGAGGACGCCUUCGACGCCGAGAACAAGAACAAGAUGGAAUACAAGGACAUCUUUGAGCCCGCACAGAUCGCAGAGCGCAUGCUCACCGAGGAGGACGAGCGCAUCAAGCGCAUCGACAUCCCAGAACGUCUCCAGCUCGCAUGCCCCGGCGAAGAGGGCCUCAAGCUGCUCGAACGCAAGCUCACAGAUCCAGAGCUCUUCGAAGCCGCAAAGUGGGCCUCCACCCGCAUCUCGGCAAAGUCUAUGGCCGAAUUCCUCGACGACGCCGGCCUCUACUUCCGCUUCCGCUCCGAGUUCCUCAACGCCGUACAGCUCAUGCUCUCCUACAUGCUCAACGACCUCCUCGAAGUCCCCUUCCUCUUCCAGCACCGCGUCGACGACCUCGAACAUCUCUGGUACGACGAAAACCUCCGCGACUUCCAAAGGACCAUCCUGCUCAACCGCAGAGAGCUCUACACCCUCAGCGCACUCGGCCUCAAGUUCAAGACCAUCCUCAUCCGCAAGGACCAGCUCCGCGCCACCUUCAACAAGAUCCACAUCGACGUCAAGGCCGAGGCCGGCGACGAUGGCGUUGCCGCAGAAGGUGAGCCCAAGCAGGAGGGCGCCGGUGCCCAGGUCUCGCGCAACCAGCGCGCCGUCUUCGAGGACAUGCUCGCCCAAGCUUCCAGCCUCGAGGAGAUCUCGGACAUCACCGAGUGGCUCACGCUCCGCUACGGCCAGAAGAUGCGCGAUGCCCAAGGCCUUGCCAGCAGCACCGCCGCCGACUCGGCUGCCGACGACAUGGACGGUCUCACCAUCGAUGGCGAGCCCUUGACCAGCACCACGCCCGGCUUCAAGAAGCCCAGUCUGGUCGGUCAGUACGAGCGCACCAAGAACACCGUCCUCUCCGAACUCGCUAAAAAGUUUGGCAUCUCGUCCGACGAGCUCGCCGCCAAUAUCUCCAGCUCGUCCCGUCAGUACUCGCCGCGCGAUCCCGACCAGUCGCCCUUCAAGUUCGCCGAGCAGUUCACCGGCGCAGCCUGGGGCGCCCAGUCGCCAGAGAUCGCGCUUGCAAAGGCAAAGAUGAUGCUCAGCCAGGAGAUCGGCAAGGAUCCCAUCCUCAAGCGCGAGAUCCGCCAGCUCUUCAAGGACGCCGCCGAGAUCAACAUCGAGCCUACCGAGCGCGGCAUGACCGUCAUCGACGACCAGCAUCCGUACGCCAACUUCAAAUUUAUCCUCAACAAGCCCGCACGCCUCGUCCCACAGCAACCCGCACAGUAUCUCCAGAUGCUCCAAGCCGAGGACGAGCUGCUCAUCAAGCUCGACAUCGGCCUCAAGGACGUCGUCCUCUCGCGCUUCGAGAAUCGCCUCUACACCAACUACGCCAGCGAGGGCAUCGGCGAGGUGAGCCAGGCAUGGAACACGCAGCGCCGCGAGGUCAUCCAGGAGGCACUCAAGUCGCACCUCGUGCCAAACGGUCGACUCUGGCUCAAGGAAUGGCUCCGCGAGGAGUCGCGCGAGACGCUCUUGCGACACUGCGACUUCCUCAUGGCCAAGCGUCUCCAGGAAGGGCCCUUCAUGUCCAGGAGCAUGGCUGCUAGGAACGCCAACCCCAAGAUCGAGGAGGAGGAUCGCAUCCCUCGCGUCCUCGCCGUGUCGCACGGCGGCGGCGACCCCAGGAAGGACGUUGUCCAGGCCGUCUACCUCGACGAGCGUGGUCGCUUCCGUGAACACGCCACCUUUGACGACCUGCGCCCGCUCACCGCCCGCCAGCUGCAGGAACGAGAGCUCGAGACCGAGCGCACGCGCGGAAAGGCCGAGUUCGUCGACCACCGCGCCGACUUUGUCAAGCUGCUCAAGCAGCGUCGUCCCGACGUGGUCGUCGUCAGCGGCUGGAGUGUGCGCACCGCCGAGCUCAAGAAGAACGUCCGCGAGCUCGUCGACAUGGCGCAUCAGGAGAUCUGCGACGACGACCGACUCGACUCCGAGUCGGAACGCAACCAGGCUCUCAUCGACGUCGUCACCUGCCACGACGACGUCGCCCGCAUCUACCAGCACAGCAGCCGCGCCGCCGAAGAGUUCCCAGAGCUCAACGAGCUCGGCCGCUACUGUCUCGCCUUGGCCCGCUACGCCCAGUCGCCCGUCAACCAGUUCGCGGCGCUUGGCAACGACCUCACCGCCGUCAUCCUCGACCCGAACCAGCGCCUCUUGCCGCAGGACCGUCUGCGCCUCCACUUUGAACGCUGCAUCGGUGCCGAGGUCAAUGACAGUGGCGUCGAUAUCAACCAGGCCGUGACGAGCACCUACCUGCAGACCAUGCUGCCCUACGUUGCGGGUCUCGGUCCGAGGAAGGCGCAUGCGCUCGUCAACGCCAUCAACACCAAGCUCGAGGGCACGCUGAUCAACCGCACGCUUCUGCUGUCGCGCAGCAUCCUGCCCUUCCAGGUGUUCCAGAACUGCGCGUCCUUCCUGCGCAUCGAGCAGGACAUGCUGCUCGAGGCCGACGAGGACGACGUGCCGGACGUGCUCGACAGCACGCGCAUCCAUCCCGAGGACUAUGACUUCCCGCGCAAGAUGGCUGCCGACGCGCUCAACAAGCACGAGGAGGAUCUCGAGGGCGAGCAUGCGAGUCUGCCGUGCAAGGAGCUCAUGGAGGAUGCGGAUCCGGCGGACAAGCUGUCGACGCUGGAUCUGGACAACUAUGCGCAGAUGCUGUACGAGCGCAAGGGCGAGAAGAAGCGCGCGACGCUGCUGCUGUGCAAGCAGGAGCUGAUCAAGCCGUACGACGACCUGCGCAAGCAGCAGCGCGAGCCGUCGGCGGCCGAGAUGCUCACCAUGUUUACCGGCGAGACGCCCAAGACGCUCAGCGAGGGCUUUGUGGUGUCGGUGGAGGUGAUGCGCGUGCAGGAGGGCAACCGGAUGGCCGAGGGCAGCGUGCGCUGCCGCCUCGACUCGGGCAUCGAGGGCAUCAUCGAGGCCGAGUACACCACGGACAACUACACGCCCGGCUCGGUGCGGCUGCGCGACCUGGUGCGGCCGCAGCAGACGCUCGACGCGCUCGUGCGCCAGAUCGACACGGACAGCUGCACAGUCAAGCUGAGCAUCCGGCCGUGGGACCUGCAGGAGCAGCACCGUGCGCGCGACCAGGGCAAGACGCCCAUCGACAAGUUCUACGACAAGACCAAGGCGGACAAGUGGAACGAGCAGGCGGCGGCCAAGGCCAAGGCGCGCGUCCAGGCGCGUCGGCAGAACCGCGUGAUCGACCAUCCGAACUACCACAACUUCAACUACAAGGACGCCGUGCAGUUCCUCGGCGGACAGCCGAGGGGCUCGGUGGUGGUGCGGCCGAGCAGCAAGGGCGACGACCAUCUGGCGGUCACGUGGAAGGUGGACGAGGGCGUGUACCAGAACAUCGACGUGCUCGAGCUGGACAAGGAGAGCGAGUACUCGCUCGGGCGCGUGCUGCGCAUCGACGGCAUGGGCUCGUACUCGGACCUGGACGAGCUGAUUGUCAACCACGUCAAACCGAUGGUGCACAUGGUGGAGAUGAUGAUGAACCACGAAAAGUACAAGGGCGCCGACGAGGAGGAUCUGCACCGCUUCCUCACCAACUGGUCGCUCGCCAAUCCGCAGCGCUCCGUGUAUGCGUUUGGCCUCAACCGCGACCGUCCGGGCUAUUUCAAUCUGUCCUUCAAGGCGAGCAGGGAUGCGGCGAUCCAGACGUGGCCGGUCAAGGUGCUGCCGAACGCGUUCAAGCUCGGGCCGGCCGACCAGCUGGCGGAUGUGGCGGCGCUGUGCAAUGCGUUCAAGACGCAGUACACGACGCAGGCGAGUAUGGCGCGCGGCGCCAAGACGCCGUAUGGAGGCGGACGCACGCCGGCACCGGGCAUGGGUGGCGCGACGCCCAUGGGAGGACGCACGCCCUACGGUGCCCGCAACGGGAUGGGCGGCGGUGCUACCCCGCGCGGGGCAGGCAUGGGCAUGGGCAUGGGCGCAUCGGCGGCGGCGGGCGGAUACGGCACGCCGAUGGUCAACAUGGCUUCGGCCACACCCAACCCGUACGGCGCUCCCGGGUACGGCGGUGGACGAGGCCCGCCUGUGGGUGGCUACGGCGGACCACCUCCGCCAGGUAGACCGCCUGCGAUGCCCGGUGCGCCACCCAUGAUGCCACCGGGCAUGAUGAGCGGUGGACCGCCCGGGUAUCCGCCGGCGUAUGGCGGUGCACCGGGUGGCAGCGGUGAGCCUGGUCCGCCGCCGUCGCGACCGCAGGUGCCCAGGGGCAUGCAUCCCGACCGCUACGCGCAGGCCAUGUACGGCGGAGCCAGCAGUGGGGCCGAUCCGAACUACGGUGGCGGCGGCGGCUACGGCGGUCAGCAACCGUACUAG